AGUCGGACCCGCGAGCGGAAGGAGGCACGAGACACCGGGCGCUUCCUUUCAUUCGCUGCAUUCCUUGAUCCUUCCUCUGCUCUGCCGCAAUAAAAGAACAUCAGCGAGCUGCAGCCAUGGAGCGUCCCGCAGUCCGCGGCACUCAGGCUCCCUUCCCCGCGGCUCCCACGUCCCUCUCGGGCUGGGCAGCCCGCGAGCGAACAACGGCCCACGGCGGCAGUGACGCCGCCCUGUGGAGACCCUGGAUCCCGUCCCGCGUGGAUGCGCAGAGGUGCAGUCUCAGGAGCACAAUGGCAUCUCCUUAUGGCAGAAGCGUGGUACCGUGGGCCAGUUCAGCCGGAGGCAAAAUGCACUCGUUCCAGCACCCUGUAAGACUCUUCUGGCCCAAGUCAAAGAGUUUUGACUACCUCUACAGUGACGGGGAGGUGCUGCUGAGAAACCUUCCCGUUCAGGCUACCAUCAGCUUUUACGAUGAGUCAGACAGUGAGGAUGAUGAGGAUGAUGAGGAGUGGGACGAAGAGGAUCACAGCGACUCCGGAAGCUGCCGGAAGCCACAAAUCACCGACUAACUGAGCUCCAGGUUGACUGAUUCUGCACGCAGCCUCCGAUCACCUUUCCGGGCUGGACUCAGGCGAGCUGCUGCACCAGCUGGUCAACAGGAUUCUCAUGGAGAUGAGCCAGGCUGGCAGAAGAAGAAGGAGAUCUUAGCCGAGCACAACCCACGUUUCUCCAUAUUACUGCGGUCAGGAACACUGUCAAGCCUGUUGCUAACUACAGUGUUAGAGAGCACAAGAGCAAUAUGAAUUCUUUCAUUCACCAAACCCAGUGACUUAGGUUUUACAUCCUCAAAACGCAGUUAUCUUGGAUGCUGAAAAACGGUGGUAAAUGAAUUGCAGGACUGAUGCAGAUCUUCAUACAAUCUGCUGGUGUGAACUGUUUCAGUUUGUUCACCUUCGUAUCUCUUUUUGAAAUUAAGAAAAUCGUUAUUCUAAUGUCUGCUCUUUUCUGGACAGUUCUCCCGCAGUGAAGCGCUAUUGCUAAUGCAAUGCAUGCUGGGAAUUGCACGGUUGCAUAACAUGAAAUCCCAUAUUGGGAUGAUGAUAUAGUUUCCUUUUAAUCUCAGGGUUUUGUUUUUGUUUGUAUAUAGACCCUUCACUCUCUCCCAUUUGUAUUUUAUUCUGGUUUCUAACUUAUAAUGUAAAAUAUGUAUUUAUAUGUAAGUACUUUUUUAUACAUUA